AUGGCGGUUCUCACAUUUCGCGACGGGGUGAUGAUUCUAGAGCUCAUAUUCUUCACACCUGCCUUGGGUUUGUCCAUCUGGCUUACUUAUCGGCAUGGGCUCUGGCGAAGAUCCGGGUUUAUUUUUCUAGUCCUGUUGGCUCUAGUACGCAUCAACGGAGCCUGCAUGCUGCUGGCAACGCUCCUUCAUCCAGACUCUAUAGUCCUCUACACGGGAGCUGGAAUUUUGAACAGUAUUGCGCUUAGCCCAUUGCUUCUCUCCACAAUUGGUCUGCUCGGUAGAGUCAAUGAUUCAAUUCGCCGCACAGAAAAAAGAGCGUUCUCGCCACGGACCUUUCGACUUUUGUCAAUACCUACUGUGACCGGUCUUGGUCUCUGUGUUGCCGGAGGCACGCUGACUGGGAUCAGUGGCGAUCCCACCAAUGUCCACAUAACAACUAAAAUUGGCGUUAUCCUCUUCGUGGUGGCAUUCGCAGUCAUAAACUUUAUCACAGCCAUUACAUACCGAAACCUCUCGUACGCUGAGGCUGGAGAAAGACAGCUAGGACGCGUCGUGGCCGUUUCCGCCCUAUUUCUCAUUGUGCGCACCGUCUAUAGCGUUCUAGGGGCAUUUGGAAACGAUCUGAAGUUCAACAUCCUUAUCGGUUCUGUGCCGAUAUACCUCUGCAUGGCGGUGCUUGAGGAGUUUGCUAUCUUCGUCCUGUUCCUCGCUGUCGGAUUCAAGCUCAGAGUUAUCCCUAAGGACUACGAGGCCACCGACACAGAAACCGCCUCUAAUAUCUGUGAAACAGAGGGUUGA